AACACGAGCACUGUGGUAUUUGUAGAAACCGCAUGAGUAAUGACAAAUGGCUCAUUUCUGGACUUUAAUUUUGAUCUUCAGCACCAUGUAUCAAGCUCGUAAAUAUCAGGUUACUGCAGAUUCUCCCAAACAGCCAGAAGUUUGUCUGUUUCAGAAAGAACUCAGUGUAAAUAUUGGUGAAUCUGCGACUCUGCACUGUUGUGUUUCGAAUAACCUACAAAAUGGAAGAAUUAUCUGGUUAAAGCAGCGUCCAAACCAAACACGGCCUGAAGUCGUAGCUGGUACAUUUACCGGUGAAUUCCAAAGUUCUCGUUUACAAAUAGAAAAUCAGGGAAACUGCUACAAUUUGACCAUUUUCAACACCACGAAGAGUGACAACUCUAUAUACUACUGUGCUCUUAUGUAUUCAAACAAGAUAUCAUUAAAAAUUAAAGGAUCGAAUGUAUCACCACGUGAAAAGACCACUGAACUCCCAUGCACACAAGAGAAAACAGUGUUCGCUUUGGGAGCGGCUUUGGGUUUGUGUGUCCUCCUGAAAUUCUGUCUCAUAUUUAUUCUACUGAGGAGAAGAAAAUGUAAUCAAAACAAUGCUUCUGUAGAAGAUUCUCCAGGAACCAAGCAGGAAUCUGAAGAAGAAACACUGAAUUAUGCAGCAGUGAAUUUCUCCAAGACGAAAGCCGAAGCUGAAAACAAACAUAUCAGCUCCACUGAGUGUGUGUACUCCAGUGUGAAAUAAAUCUGUACUAUAUUUAAGAAAGGAUGUUGGACUUUAGCCUAAAUCAAAGAAUGUGACUGAUGCAUUAACUGUGACUGGGAUUCAUCCACAUGUGCUGCCCAGAUCCAGGAAGUAAAAUUAUUCAGCAUUAAGUGUUGAGCACUAUUUCUUCAAACACAUUCUACAUUAACCAACAUAAAUCAUUAACCAAUAAAAAAAUUCUAAAAAAAAAAUCCU